UCAACGAGAGGCGUUUUAAAUAAAGCUUUGAAGAGGCGUUACUUGUCUUCUGUGAAGAAGGGCUACGAAAACACUAACAUUAGACAUUUAUCUGGCAACACUACUGUAUAUAACAAAGCAAAGCCAGAAUAUUUGUGUUUAGCUAACCUAGCUAGACUACAUUGUUACUAAUUUUCUACAAGAUCUUUACUGACGUCCAUCGAAGAAACAAUGGCUGAAAGCGACUGGGACACCGUGACUGUCUUGCGGAAGAAGGGUCCUACUGCAGCUCAGGCCAAAUCUAAGCAGGCUAUUACUGCAGCACAGAGAAGGGGAGAAGAGGUUGAAACUACAAAGAAAUGGGCAGCAGGGCAGAACAAGCAGCACCUGGUGACUAAAAACACGGCCAAGCUGGACCGCGAGACGGAGGAGCUGCACCAUGAGAGGGUGUCUCUGGAGGUGGGGAAGGUCAUUCAGCUGGGCCGUCAGAACAAGGGGCUGACGCAGAAAGACCUGGCCACCAAAAUCAAUGAGAAGCCCCAGAUCAUCGCUGACUAUGAGAGUGGGAAGGCCAUUCCCAACAACCAGGUUAUGGGGAAGAUUGAAAGAGCAAUUGGGCUGAAGCUGCGUGGGAAGGACAUUGGGCUACCCCUCGAAGCGAAGCCUAAGAAGAAAUGAGGACAAAGCCUCGAAAUCAGCCCCCCUUCCCUCUCCCACCCGUUCCCUGCCCCCAUGCACCCCUCGCUAACCCCCACCUCCGCACCUCCCCUCCCACCCUUACCUGGGCUGAUCUCACCUGGCACCUGCUGAAGAGCCGGGUGUUCCGUAUUAUCGCUACGCUGAAGAAUGAGAAGCUUGUCAGACACAAUUUCACACAGCAAUGAAUGAAAACGGCAAAACGCAAACCGCAAACCCGAUCCCAAAGUGCUGCAAUUUAUUACCUUUUUUUUAGGGGGGAAAAAUGUUUGGUUUGGCAUGAUUUUUUUUUUUGGAUGUUGAAAGUGCUGGAUUUUAUCCCCGUUGAUGGGAAUUUUUUUUUUUCUUUAUAGAGAAUGCAUCAUCCAUUUUAGCCAUGCUUAAUUGCAACGUUUUUGCCCCUUUUGCAUUUUUGGGGUUAGAAUUUAAUGUAGGCUUGACAUGCCUUCAAGCUGUUCCUAUAUUUUGGACUUUAAAUAAAGAUUGAACCC